CACACGUCAAACGAUCGAAAGGAGAAAUUACGAGGAGCACUUGAAGGCAGCAGCUGAAGCUCCGGUAGGCUGACGUGAACAUGAAGGACGGAAAAAGUCCGGUUACACUGAAAAUAAUCCUCAUAGGAAGCUCCGGGGUGGGAAAAUCCUCCUUCAUGAACAGAUAUGUGAAUCACCGCUUCACCAACAUGUACAGGUCCACUGUAGGGACUGACUUCCUCUCUAAAACAGUCACCGUAGAGGGGGACACAGUCACCCUGCAGAUCUGGGACACAGCCGGGACAGAGAGGUUCCAGUCUCUGGGCAUGCCUCUGUACAGAGGGGCCCACUGCUGCAUGCUGGUGUUUGAUGUCACCUCCAGAGUCAGUUUCUCUGCCCUGGAGGGCUGGAGGAAGGAGUUUCUGAUCCAAGGAGAGCCUCAGGACCCAUCUGACUUCCCCUUCAUUGUACUAGGCAACAAGACUGACUUGGGCGACCGGGAGGUGUCUGGCAGACAGGCCCUGCAGUGGUGUGAGGAAAUAGGAGCAGAAUACUUUGAAGGAAGCGCCAAAGAGGAUCUAGAUGUGGAAAAGCCGUUCCUGAGAGCGGCUCAAAGUGGCUUGAAGCAGUACAAAAAACACACAUUGGAAAAUACAGGACAUUUCCAGAUAACCUGCAAACAGCCGAGAGAAACUCGCAACACCUGUGAGUGCUGAGAGAAGCACUCGUCCCAGUGUGGGAAGGAAAGUUCAGAGAGACCUCGGCACUGCUGAUGAUGACCUAUCUAACAAGGGUGCAAAAAUAGUGACCCAGCAAAGGUACUGUGGAAGGAAAGGACACAAUUGUAUACCACAUGGAGAGAGGAACAAACUCAUUAAAUGUUUUUUCUUUUUUUUUGAGAACCUUCAGCUUAUGGUCUAACUUAAGGCAUCACUACUAAAAUACACUGCUUUUGCAUGCAUGUCUAGUUUUGUUCAACAGACACACUGACACGCACAAAAAUUAUGAAUGCAUAUGAAGAGAAAGUUCAUUUCUAGAAAGAAAUCAGGAGAAACCACAAACGGAAACCAAGGUGCCCAGCCGGAGAAAAGGCGGCGGGCGAGAACCUUGGCUCUGGAUCUUCUGGGCCGUUACCAUCACAACUGAAUCUGCCUUUACAAAGUAGAUAUACACUCAUGUCCAAUCAGAAACCUCCUCCCUGUACAAGUUUGUAUUGUUGAACGUAGCAGUGAUUCAGACUCCUACAGUGAAUCAGCUUGACAGAAGCAAAUUAGAACAAUCAGGGAGACUAUAUAUAUUUAUAUAUAUAUUUGUUUCUUUUAUAAGUAAAGACACAAAAGGCAAUCAAGAGAUGACCAACAUGUAAAAACUGUUUGUUACAGGUAAUUAUAUAAAAGGCCAAGAUGUUUUUUUUUUGUUUGUUUUAUUCUUGCUCUAUGAACGAACUAAUUUACAGGUGAGUACACUCCAGCUAUGUAAGCUUUCUUCCCAAGACAUCCCCAUUCAAAGACAUACGGGUUUACACGUCACAGUUAGCUUGCACACCAUCUGUAGUCUGAAAUACAGAGCCGUGGAAGGAAAAAAUUAAAAUUUAUUAAAUGGAUUCACAUACAUCAAUAGGAUAGGGAAAAUAUGUCUACUAAUAUAAUUUGCCAUUCUAAAACUUAAAGAAGAGGUGAGACACCACAUUCAUGAGCAUAAAAAGUAUGUAGGAUCGGGAUAUUAGGGGGGAAGGUAUGAAAAGAUUUGAUGUUAUUUUUUUUUACUUAUACCCCGUGAAAUUCCAGGUUUGGCAAACAAAGCAACACAAGCAUUGAGUAGUAAACAAAGUAAAAACUCUCCUCUCCCUGGGUCCACUUCAAAGUUCCCUUCAGUCCUAUAACCUCUGCGGUUCUACUUGGAACAAAUACAAAAGUCUGUCUCUCUUUCAUUACCAUCUGUUAACAACAAGAACAUACAACCAACUGAAUGAAGACUUUUAAAAAUAUAGUGGCAACCUCAACAUAGCCACCCAUCUUCCCAUGAACACAAACUAUGGGGAUGAACAACAGUUAAAAAAAGUGAUGUUCUUUAAAAAUGCACACAACAUACACAUACACACAGGAGAAAAAAAAAGCUUAAAAAAUACAAAAAUAAACUACACAAAAGAUCUUCUGCGUCAUUGCUUGCUAAUUUUUUGGGAAGAUUUUGCAAGAUUUUUUUUGUGUGCUGCAAGUCUCAGUCCUAGCAAAGUCUGUCGUCCAUUCUCUACAAAUCUCUUCCUUUGUCAUUCUUUUUUGUCCACUUUGAAGUGUCGGCCACCAGUCCUCAUCUUGGGGUAAAAAGCGCACAGUGAUGACAUUACCAGGAGACUGGAGUCCAGUACGAUGACUAUAGACUUGGUUCUCGAUGAAGCAAAUUUGUUUUGAGCAAAAAAGAAAGGAAAAAAAUUAUGUCCUCUUUUGUUGAGGACAAGUGCUUUAUUUGUUUCCAUACCGAUUUUUCCUCUCAUCUAAACUAAUGCCUCCACAGCCUUUUUCAACACUGUACAUCAUUUCAUGUAGUCUCUCUCUACAUCCCCCCCAGGAUUCACAAAACAAAGACAAAAAAAAAAAAA